CGCAAUGAACCGCACGAUCUACUCAUUUGUUCCCAUCAUGCAGCGCUCUCGCCUGCUCCCAUCGAGCCGCCAUGUUGUCGGAGUGAAAGCCUGGAAGUCGGAGAGAAACUGGGGCUGAAAUCCGCGACCAUCCACCCUCUCCGCCUUGUGUGUUUAUUCACUCCUAGGCUGUGGUGGAAUGAGCAGUGUGUGUGUGUUGAAGAGGAAAGCAGUGCUCUGGCAGGAUUCGUUCAGCCCCCACCUCAGAACUACAUCGCCCAGCAUGCCCGUGGUGCUGAGCAGCGGAGGACACGCCCCCCAGGUCGGGCAGACCCCCCAGGCCCCGCCCCCUAGCCAGCAGGGUGUGGCGGGUGCGGGGCGUUCCCAGGACGAUGCCAUGGUGGAUUACUUCUUCCAGAGGCAGCACGGAGAGCAGCCAGGGAAGCACCGCUGGCCCACUGGUGACAACAUCCACGAUAGCCAGGUGCGCUCCAUGGACGAGCUGAACCAUGACUUCCAGGCUCUCGCGUUAGAGGGGCGUGCCAUGGGAGAGCAGCUCCUGACGGGUAAGAAGUUCUGGGAGACUGAUGACUCUGGGAAGGAUGGACCAAAAGGCAUAUUCCUGGACCAGUGGAGGGACAGCGCAUGGGGAGCCUCAGAUCAUUCGGUGUCUCAGCCAAUCAUGGUCUCUCGUCGGCCAGGGCAAGGCUUCCAUGGCGGUGGGGAGGUAGGGGUUGGCUCUGUGAUGUCGCCCAGGUCAGAGAGCGGAGGUUUGGGGGUCAGCAUGGUUGAAUAUGUCCUCUCCUCCUCACCCGCUGAAAAACUGGACUCCUGCCUUCGCAAAGGACCUUAUGGUCAGAGGGAUGGAGAGGUGGAAGAGGAGAAGAGGGAGAAGCCGAAAGCUGUGUUCGAAGGAGACAAACUGAAGGAGCUCGGGGAGGGGGAUGGUGACGUCAUCAGUGAUGUCAUCAACCCCAACGGGCUGCCCGCGCAGAACGGUCUGGAUGUGGAUGUCAAAGACUUUGGUCGUAACCAAGGCAACAUGCCAGCCCCUGGGCCGGAGGGGGAUCUGCUGGGGGGCCCGGGGGCUUUAGGUGGGGAUGGAAUGGCUCAAAUGGGGGGAGGCGGGGGUCAGAAACCCCCCGACGACUUCUCUGGUGUGGAGCAGGGGGGCGUGUCCAUGGACCAAAUGGAGUCGGUGAUGGAGCCUCUGCAGUUUGACUACAACUCCCAGAUGCCCAUGGACUCCGCCCCCACUGUCGGCCUGUUUGACUACACCAACCAGCAGCAGGUGUGUCCUGGACAACUGCUGUUCCAGAGACCCAACGCCCUGGCAGUCCAGCAGCUGACAGCAGCCCAGCAGCAGCAGUAUGCUCUGGCUGCCGCCCAGCAGUCUCACAUUGGUCUGGCCCCAGCGUUUGUCCCCAACCCUUACAUCAUCAGCGCCGCGCCGCCGGGGACUGACCCGUAUGCUGCAGGCCUCGCUGCCGCGGCAACGCUAGUAUUCUCUGCAGGCCCGGCGGUGAUGCCCCCCCAGUACUAUGGCGUGACCCCCUGGGGUGUGUACCCUGCUAACCUGUUCCAACAGCAGGCUGCUGCAGCCAACAACUCGGCCAAUCAGCAGGCAGCGGGGCAGGCCCAGCAGAACCAACAGCAGGUGAUGCGUGGGGGAGGCAACCAGAGACCUUUGACCCCAAGUCAGGGGCAGCAGGGGCAGCAGAACGAUCAGCUGGUCGCCGCGGCAGCGGUCAAUUCUGCCCUUGCCUUUGGACAGGGGCUGGCUGCUGGGGUUCCCGGCUACCCAGUUCUUGCGCCGGCGGCCUACUAUGACCAGACGGGGGCGCUGGUGGUCAACACUGGGGCUCGUAGCGGCCCUGUCCGCCUGAUGACCCCCGCCUCUGUCAUCAUAUCGCCCUCUGCAGCACAGGCAGUUGCAGCUGCGGCGGCCUCAGCCAAUGGGCCCAACGGCGGUCUUGGGGGCGGGGCCAACGGUCCCUUCCGUGGCAUGACUUCCCAGCAGCCUCAGCAACAAGGGGGCGGGGCUCUCGGAGGAAGCUCCUUUUAUGGUUCUUCCUCUCUCAGCUCCUCCUCCCAGAGCUCCUCCCUCUUCUCUCAGGGCUCCGCCCAGCCCGGCCCUGGCUCCGCCUCCUUAGGGUUUGGCCAGGCAGGCUCCUCCUCUCUGGGACCGUCACUGGGAGCUACGCUGGGGGGGUUUGGCACUGCAGGUGUGUUGGCCAACUCCAGCGGUGGCAGUGGCUCCAGACGUGACUCCCUGACUGGCAGCAGCGACCUGUACAAGCGCACGCCCUCCAGCCUCACUCCCAUUGGCCACGGAGGCUUUUAUAACGGAGCCCUGGGCUUCAGCUCCUCCCCUGGGCCGGUGGGAAUGCCCCUGCCCAACCAGGGCCCCUCCCACUCCCUCACCCCCCCGCCCUCACUAUCCAAUCACAGCUCUUCAUCCAACCUCAACCUUGGAGGCCUGACCAAUGGCAGUGGCCGUUUCAUCUCCGCAGCGCCGGGGGCGGAGGCUAAGUACCGCAGCGCCAGCUCCGGCUCCUCCCUCUUCUCUCCCAGCAGCCAGCUCUUCCCGUCGUCACGGCUACGCUAUGGGAUGUCGGACGUGAUGCCGUCGGGUCGGAGUCGGCUGCUGGAGGACUUCCGAAACAACCGCUACCCCAACCUGCAGCUGAGGGAGAUCGCUGGGCACAUCAUGGAGUUCAGUCAGGACCAGCACGGCAGCAGGUUCAUUCAGCUGAAACUGGAGCGUGCCAGUUCAGCAGAGCGCCAGCUGGUCUUCAGCGAAAUCCUCCAGGCAGCCUACCAGCUCAUGGUGGACGUGUUCGGAAACUACGUCAUCCAGAAGUUCUUUGAGUUUGGCAGUCUGGACCAGAAGCUGGCCCUGGCUGAGAGGAUCAGGGGUCACGUCCUGUCUCUGGCCCUGCAGAUGUACGGCUGCAGGGUCAUCCAGAAGGCCCUCGAGUUCAUCCCCUCUGACCAGCAAGUCAUAAGCGAGAUGGUGCGAGAGUUGGAUGGUCACGUGCUGAAGUGUGUGAAGGAUCAGAACGGGAAUCACGUGGUUCAGAAGUGCAUCGAGUGUGUUCAGCCUCAUGCCCUGCAUUUCAUCAUAGACGCCUUUAAGGGACAGGUGUUUGCCCUCUCAACCCACCCCUACGGCUGCAGAGUCAUCCAGCGCAUUCUAGAACACUGCCUUCCGGAACAGACCCUGCCUAUACUAGAAGAACUACACCAACACACAGAGCAGCUGGUGCAGGACCAGUAUGGUAACUACGUGAUCCAGCACGUAUUGGAGCAUGGAAGAGCCGAGGAUAAGAGCAAGAUAGUGGCUGAGAUCAGAGGAAACGUGUUGGGACUCAGCCAACACAAGUUUGCAAGCAACGUGGUGGAGAAGUGUGUGACCCACGCGUCGCGGGCGGAGCGGGCCGUGCUGAUAGACGAGGUGUGCAGCCUGACGGAGGGGCCUCACAGUGCCUUAUACACCAUGAUGAAGGACCAGUAUGCCAACUACGUGGUGCAGAAGAUGAUCGACGUGGCUGAGCCCAGCCAGCGCAAGAUCGUCAUGCACAAGAUCCGGCCUCACAUCUCCACUCUGAGGAAGUACACGUACGGGAAACACAUCCUGGCCAAGCUGGAGAAGUACUACAUGAAGAACGGUGUGGACCUGGGCCCCCUCUGCGGCCCCCCCAACGGCAUCAUGUAACACUCCAGCCGUCCACCCCAAGCCCUACACCUCCACACAGCAUCAUGUCAAACAACCCUGUGUCCUACAAACCCCUCCCUCCAUUCUGAAUCAUUACGUACCGGCCCCCUGCCUAGUCACUAGUUACCUAGCCUAUAGCAGGCAUCAUGUAACCCCCCCCCCCCCCACCUCCCCAACACUUCUUCUCGCCUCGUUGGAAGCCUUGUUUUUUUUUUUUUUCGGACCCCUUCUCUGA